AGCACUUUCACUUUCACAAUUUCUGGGAGUAAAUUUGAAUCAUUAGACAAAAUGUCGGAGCGUGAAUUCUUCCGUUUUCUUUGUGCGGUGGGAUUCUUUCUCAAAGGUCAAACCGCUCUGGUCCAAUCACAGCACACUGUGAUGGCGGCCGUCGGAGACAGCGCCUGCUUGACCUGUCGGCUGAUGCAGUUUAAAGAUGUCCUGCAGGUCACGUGGGAGAAAAUCUUACCGGAGGGGAAGAAGUAUCUCGCCACUUCCUUCAAAUACUUUGGUCAGAAAGUGAGCCGUGAAUUUAAAGGAAGAGUGGAGUUUAAAGAUAUCGACCUGCACAACAGCUCCAUAGUAAUCAUGAACGUGACGGACCAAGAUAAAGGAUGCUACCGCUGUUUGUUUAACACCUACCCUGAUGGUGCUCUCACUGGGACAACAUGCCUCCAUCUCUACGAGCUGCGUGAAGUCUUUCUACAUGUCAGAGAAUCACACGCUGCUGAAGAGGUGGUUGUGUCCUGCUCAGCCACAGGUCGACCUGCUCCCACGGUAACACUGACUGUCCCUCACUACAACUCCACCAGCUCCACCAACGCCAACGGCACCGUCACCGUCACCGCCACAGCUGUGCUGCCUCGUCUCCACGUCAACAGCUCGCGGGUUGGAUGUGCAGUGCGAGUGCUCUCUGGUCCUGAAACAGUCGUGUCUGAGGUGGUCCCUGAGGUCAAGCAGUCGCCCGCUGAUGGUGAUGAUGUGGAAUCUGGAUCUCAUCACAGAUGGACCAUUGGGAGGGUGGUCGGGGUCGGGGUCUGCGUUGCUGGUGCUGCUGGUGCUGCUGGUGCUGUUACCUUCAUGGUCUGCUGGUACCAGAAGAGACAAAAUCCACAAAGGAAAACGUCGGACCUUCUCACAUCCAUACGUGUGAGAUCCUAUGAGAACAAUAAAGACAUUCAGGAGCCCAGAACACCUUUCAUGAAUCCAGAGAACAAACCCCUACUACGGACGUCUACUGCAAAGGAUAAAAACAGCUCGCACCCAAAAUCAUCUGUGAAAGGAAAAACUCUUGUUUUUUAGUACCACAGGAUAACCCACAAGAUUGAAGAGCCAAAACAAAUGCUGCGGAAAAGUCCUGAAAUCCUGAUAGAGAACUUGUCUUUACAGUAUUCAUGUUUAUUUAUAAUAAUUACAGCGGAUCAAAAGGAUUCAUGUUUACAGUAGUUUAGUUUUUUUUAAAUAAUAGUUUUUCUAAUAAUUCUCAACAUGAAUCUACGAGCCUUACUGCAUUUAAAUAUUGAAUGUGUAUGAUUCUUGUGUUAAAGCAGCAUUAGAAAAAGGGUCAGCAGAACACACCUCCAAUACAAAGUUAUAUCAUCUAAUAGUCAAAUGUAUGGACUUUGAAUCAUGUUCAUCAUUUAACAAAAUAAGGGUUUUUGUGCAAAUUAAAGUAUCUUAAAUGACUUAAGGAGCUGCAUGUGACAAACAGAAUAAUACUGCAGUCCAAACACCAACAGAGGAAGACACCCUCGAUGAAAUGUCCAUAACUGUCAGCGUGCUGCAGGUUUUAAGCAGCAGAUGCACCACAUGGCCGCUAGAGGUCCUUUUUUCCUCAAAUAUUCCUCCGAAGAGUUGACGCUGUUUUGGGGGAAAUCAGGGACCGAAACGCCGCAGCAGGAAACCCGACGCAGCUCGGUGGUAGUUUGGUGGAGUCUCCUGCUCCAGUCUGUCCUCACCUGAAGACCAGAGAGCCCCUCAAAGCUCUGGGAGCUCACGGUGUCUUUCACCUGUCUGCCGGUAUGUUCCGUCUUUUAUUCUGAAAGGGUCUCAAUUUUAGUGGCUGCAAAUAUCGAGUUUAAAUGUGAGUAAACUUUCUUUCUUUUUUUCAUCCACAAAUGUCAACACACCUAAAUUAGUUAAGUUAGUUUUUUUUUCCAUGGUGACAGUUUCCAGGACCUGUCCAUGAAGAUAUGGAUGUGUUAACAAUUUCAUUUAUUUCUCCAUAUAAUUAACCCUAUAAUAUACCAGUAUCAUAUCAUGAUCGUACUCGAACUAAAUUAACUGUAACUGUUCCAAAAAAAAUGUAAAUGUCAGUUUAUCAGGCUGUAGAAAAGCUUUACUAUGUAUUUUUUUAUUGCAUUGUUAUUGUUAUCAGACCUGGCAAGAUACAGAUUUACGACUACAACAUUGGCUGGAUUAUUUUGUCCCCCUCACCACUAAUCAAUAAAUCUCACUAUCACCUGUUCUCUGGGACUGAACCAGCUGAUGUGCACAUCUGGAAGUUUAGGGGCCAUCGUUCAGGAUCUGGGUUGCCAGUCUGGUUUCAGUCCCUCUCUUUGUGAACAUUAUAUCUUUAGAGCCUGGAGAUUUGCAGUGAGACAUCAGUGGAGCUUUUGUAGUGUAAAGCGUGAUUUAACUGUCCAACGGGAGCAUGCUGCAUGCUGCAUGCUGCAUGC